CGCGCAAUGGUGUACGUCAAGAUGACAAUGUUAAUCUUGGAGUUGCGGAACAACUACAAACCAUUAUCACCUUAUCCUAGCGGGCGCAUUAUCAGCGCGGAAGGCGACACCCUGCGUGAAACCGUGCGCUUAGUUUACGGCGAUCGCCCGCAAAUGUUCUGCACGCCACUUAAAAUGUACCACAGUCGCAAAGCAAUGUUCAGAAGCGCGGUCAACUAAAGGACGUUGGUCAUGAUGUCUGAAACCAGAGAGGAACGCGACGGCAGUGUUCCGGCCACUUCGCCUGCCGCAUUCCUUGAUAGAGUAUGGAGUGAAACUGGAACUCUGCAGCCAUUCCACGAUUCGCCACAAUCGGUCGUGCUGCACGACACCACGACCUGCAGUUCAACUCUUUCAAAGGUGUCCGACGCAGACGUCACUUUCGAAUACAUUGACGAGUUGUUGGCGGAAGAGUUGCGUGAUCGGCUUCGUUCCUUCCGGAGAGCAUCUGCUGCCAAGGAGGAGAGGUUGGGUGACUACUACAGGAUCCGGCGCAUACACAAGAUCUUGACCAUGCGACCCUACGAAAAGGCAGUGACUGGAGUCUGAAAUCACAGACGUGUCUAUUGACAAGGCCUCCGGCAAGCGAGCAACAGCUUCUGUCGCCACAUGAAAUUCUCGCUCUGCCUGAUCGACCCGACCACGGGACUCGUUUUAUUAUGACUUUAAUGAGACACACUCCUGUACGCACGCAAUUCCGCCGAAAUUGGGCUGAAAUCGGGUAAUUCAUUGUUCGUGUUUUCAAAGAUCGCGUUCUGACUGUUAAGUGCCUGCCAAAUUUUCCCUUUUUCUGAAUAUUUGUUGCAGACAGAACGAGCGGUACUUUACCAUAGUCGUUACAUUGAUGCAUUUGGUGCGCACUGCGCGUAGCUCAUCUGAAUUGUCGCACGAUUCAUGGGUCAUUGUUGCUUGCCAAAUAGUUUUAAUGAAGCCUUCAUCCUCGUCAACUAAUGGUUUGUUCUAUGUCGGCGUUACCACAUUGCUGUGACAAGCACUGUCUCCUGUGUGCAGCCAUUCAACCUUCGCUAAAGUUCUCUUGUGCUUGUCCGUGCGCGUUCCGUGACAUGCGCCUCUGUAUUUUUGCACAAUAUCUUGUCUCUUCGUUAAAUGUGUGGAAAUGCCAGCUCGUGCGUUCCAGUUCAUAUACAGGUUGUCCCGCAUAACUUGAGCCAAAGUUUUUAAAAAUGAAAGGCACUCCGGACGCGAGUUGAACCGAAUGCAUAAUGUUGGCACUGGCUUAGAGUUACUCGGGCUAUUUUUUUAUUUCCCCCUUAACUAAUGGAUUAGUUCAGUUUAAUUAAUCAACUUUUUCAGUAUUGGCUGCAGACCCCAAGUGUGACGCAAACUUGUAGAGCACCUUGAGAAACCCCUCAAUAAAUGGUUUCCAACACGA